AUAUAUAUAUAUAUCCACAGAGAACUGCUCCAUUCUCUCUCGCGCGCGCCUGUGCUGUUCUCUCCCUCGACCCCCCAUCCCUCUCUCUCUCUCUCUAAUGCUCUGCUUCCUCACGGCGGAACACUGACUCAGUAGGUCGAUGGUGGAUCCAUUACCCUAAAUCUGAUUGCUCUUGCGUGCGUUGUCGAUCGGAUUCAUCGAUUUCUUUCCAUCUCUCCGUGCGGCUUCCCUCCGAUUCGAGCUGCUGCUUCGGGAUCAGAUUUUUCACGAGCAACUCGGGUUCAUCUUCUCCCGAUCGCGGCGUACUAUCCGACUAUUCGAGUGUACCCGUUUGCGACUGGUUGUUACGUGAGUUGUGCUCGACAUGGAAAGGUAUGAGAAGGUGGAGAAGAUUGGUGAAGGGACGUAUGGAGUCGUUUACAAGGCUCGAGACCGACAAACAAAUGAGAUGAUUGCUAUUAAGAAGAUCCGGAUAAAAGAGGAGGAUGAGGGAAUCCCCGGCUUUGUCAUCAGAGAGGUCUCACUAUUAAAGGAAAUGCAUCAUUGUAACAUAGUCAGGUUGCUUGAUGUAGGGGUCUCUGAGAGAAGUGUAUAUCUAAUUUUUGAGUAUCUGGACUUGGACUUGAAGAAGCACAUGGAUUCUUGUCAAACAUUUUCAGAAGACCAUCGUUUAAUGAAGAAAUUUCUAUACCAAAUUUUAAGUGGUAUUGAGUACUGCCAUUCUCAUAGGGUUCUUCACCGUGAUCUAAAACCUCGGAAUUUGCUGAUUGACCUGCAAACUAACACCAUAAAAAUUGCCGAUUUCGGAUUGGGUAGGGCAUUUGAUAUUCCUGUCCAGACAUUGACCAAUGAGGUAGUUGAUUUAUUUGAUGAUGUUUCUUUCUUGCAAAUUCUGAUUGUUUUUUCUUUUCUAACUUGA